AAAGACGGCGCAGGGGCGAGCACGCAAUCAGUUUGGGUCGGAAAAGGAGAGCUCCCUGAGCCCAACUAAGGAACCGAGCUUUCCAGAACCCGUCAUGGGUCGAUCGAAGCUCUGCCUGCUGCUGCUCCUGAGCACCUGCGCCUUGGCCCAGCAACCGAACGAGAGUGGUGAAGAACAGACGCCCGCAUGUUUGUUGGCGGCGAGGUAUAAGAACUUCAAAAAAUAUGUGUACCGGUACGAGGCGGAGGCGCAGAACGGGGUCAGCGGGACGGCCGGCCUGAAGAACGGCCCCAAGGUCACCUGCAAGGUGGAGCUGGAGGUCCCGCAGGCGUGCGUCUUCGUCCUGCGCACGGAGGAGUGCGCCCUGAGCGAGGUAUCCGCCAUCGACGCCGAGGGGCGGCCCGAGCACCAGCCCGCCUACGGCACCAACGUCUUCAGAGCCGCCAUGGAGAAGAAUCCCCUGAAGUUCGCGGUGACACAGGACUUCGAUGUGAACCUGCUACCCGAGCUGGACGAGCCCGCCAACAUCCUGAAUGUCAAGAGAGGGAUCGUCUCCGCCCUCAUGGUGCCUGUCUCUGAGGAGGACGGCAAAGCCAACAUGCCCACCAUCCAUGGCCAGUGCAGGACUGCACUCACCGUCAGCCCUGGGAAGGACAUCACCAUCAGUAGGGACCUGACCGCGUGCAAAAGCUUCAAUCCCAUGUCUGACUACGCCAGCCCUCUGGUCCUCGUCUCCAGAAUGAACGCACCUCUGUCCAAUCUCAUCAGCAGCACUCAGUCCUGCACCUACCAGUUCGACAACAAGAGGAAGCACAUGACCGAGGCCAGCUGCACAGAGAAGCACAUCUUCCUGCCUUUCUCUCACCAAAAAGAGCAUGGAAUCACUUCGCUUGUUAAACAGACCCUGAGUUUGCAGGACUCCAGCAGAAUCACCAACAGAAACGUUGACUUUGAUUGGGGAAACAUGAGGCCUCUGGAAAUGCAGUAUGCCGAGGACAAAGCCCCCACCCAGAGCAAGGAAGCCAUGCUGGCCACCUUGCGGGACCUGAAGGGCCUGUCCCAGACGGAGCGGGGCCAGGAGAGGGCCGCCCUCUUCCAUAAGCUGGUGUCCCAGCUGCGCGGGCUGAACAACGAGACCCUGGGCCCGGCCGUGGAGGAGAUGAUGGAGGCAUCCGAGGUCCUCACCUGGCAGGCCCUGCCCCAGUGCGGCACGCCCGAGUGCCUCAGCGCCGUCCUGCAGGUCCUGCGAACUUUCGACGGCGCCGCCCUGGAGGCGGACGCCGUCGUCUACGCCGUGGGCCUCCUGCCCCGCCCCGACGGCAGCAGGGUCCGGGACAUGCUGAGCACGGCCCAAAACAGGCAGAACAAGGCCGUCAUGUACGGACUCAGCAACAGCGUCAGGAAGUUCUACGAGUGGAAUGGAUACAGCCCUGAGCUCACGGAGGUGUCAGAGUUCAUGGCCUCUCUGCUGGAUGGUGACUGCUCUGGUGACGAGGACCGCACCUUCCUGACGCUGAGGGUCAUCGGCAACAUGGGAGCCGCCAUGGACGCCGCCGACACCACCCUCAAGUCCGUGAUCCUGAGUUGCGCAAGGCAGCCCGCCGCCUCGGCCUCCGUCCAGCUGGCCGCCAUCCAGGCCUUGAGACAGAUGAGCAUCGAUGGAGAGGGCAGCUACGUCCUUGCGCAGGUCUUCCAGGAUGCUGGGAGCCCGGUGCAGAAGCGCAUAGCCGCGUACCUGAUGAUGAUGAAGAACAUGGAGCUGGCCAUCCCGCACGUGGUGGACGCCCUGAGGGGCGAGCAGGACGAGCAGGUCAGGAGCUUCGUGGUCUCCCACAUCUCCAACAUCCUGAAGAGCGGAGACGCCGAAUCAGAAGACCAGAAGAUGAAGCUCCAGGAUGCCCUGGAGAAUCAGGCAGGGCCUCAAUUUCUUGACAUGUUCAAGUUGUCCCACAAUUACAAGAUGGAAACGCCAUCACGGAUCCCUAUUCAGACCUCCAUGGAGAGCAACAUGAUCUUUGACUCCACUGGCUACAUGCCCAGAGAGCUCAUGCUGGACACCACCCUGAAGGCUUUUGGAUACAACUACGACAUGUUUGAGGUUGGUCUGGAGGGGAAAGGACUGGAACCGACCAUCGAAGCCCUGUUUGGGAAGGAUGGGUUCUUCCCUGACACAGCCUCAAAGGCCAUGUAUUGGGUCGGAGACAAAAUGCCGGACGGAAUGCACGAUGUUCUCAAAAACUGGAUUGGCCCUCUGAGGAAUGAGAGACUGAAAAGACAGGUUUCUGAGGACCUUGUGAGGGAAAUCAGCCAGAACUUCAACAAGCUGCUGCAGGACCUGCAGGCCCAGGCUGCACCUGAGGCCUUGGCCUACCUGAGAAUCAUGGGAACUGAACUUGGCUACAUCAAGACCAGCGAGAUCGAGCAAAUUGCCUACGUGGUUGCCAUGUAUGGCGAAAUCCUGUUCAAGCUCAUGCCUGCCCACUACGUAAAGUCCCUGCUGUCCGGCACCGACAACGACCUCUUCGCCCACUACAUCUUCAUGGACAACGAGUUCGCCCUGCCUACCGCUGCCGGACUCCCACUCCAGUUCUCCCUGUCGGGGAUCUUCUCCGGAGGAGCCAAGGGAGGCUGCAGCUUCGCCCCUGGCAAGCAGAAGGCCUUGUCAUUCAUGCCCUCGCUGGGAGUUGAGCUGGUGACGAAAAUGGGCGUCAACCUCCCCGAGUUCGUCACGGCCGGCGUGGAGAUGCACACCAGCGCGUACCACGAGAGCGGCUUGAAUGCCAAGGUCACCGUGGAGGGUCACGGUUUCAAGCUGUCCAUCCCAGCACCCCAGGGCAGCACCCAGCUCUUCAGCAUCAGCAACAGACUGCUGUCCGUGUCCUCCACCCAGACUGAGGUAGUGCCCCCUCUGGUAGAGGGCAGAACUGACUCUGUUGAGUGCGACCCAUUAUUCGCUGGUCUGAAGCUCUGCACCAUAACCCAGUACUCCAACGCCAGCUCCAUUGAGACUGCUCCAUACUACCCCUUAACUGGAGAGUCCAGGUUUGCAGUGGAGCUCCAGCCCACCGGAGAGGUCACCGAGUACACGGCCACCGUCGCCUACGCCGUCCUCAAGGAGGGGAAGGAGGGUCGGCAGAAGGUGGACACCGUGCAGCUGACACUGAGGGCCGAGGGAACAAGCCCCACUGAGGCCACUGCCACCCUGAAGUACGACAGGAAGAGGAGCGUCUUCUCCGCCGACGUUCAGAUCCCCGACCACGACGUGGAGGUGGGCCUCAAGCUGACCGCCACAGACAGCACCCUGAAAGGGAAGAACACACGCGCCCUCACCUUCGACGUCACCAACAAGAACAUUCCUCAGCUGUCGCUGGUCGGCCGGGCCAGAAUGGAUGCAAUGAAAGAAGGCAUGCUACAGAUCCAGCUGACUGUCCCCUCCCUGAAUGUUGACGUCGCCACCACCGCCACCAUGAAGAACGCCAAUGGCCUGACCCUGCAGCUGGAGACAUCCGCCAACGUCCCCGAGACCUCCUCUGUGCAGAAAGUCAUCUUCAGAUAUGAUGAGAACAGGGUAGAGGUGGAAGUGAAGUCUGACCUUAGUUCCGAGAUUACCAAACUCCUCCCUGAAACUGAGGUCUACCAGAGAAGGCUACAGAAGGUCAUCGACGAAAUCCUGGACCAACGGGUGGCUAAGACUGACAUGAAAGUGCGUCACAUUGUCUCCAAAGCCUUUGAGGCAGUCAAUAUCUGGCUGGACAAAGUUUCCGGGGAAAACCCCAAAAGCAAGAGAAGCAUCCCAGAACUAACCCUGCCUUCCCUGCCUGAGAAACUAUUCCUGAAAUAUGAUGGCUUGUUCCGCUACCAGUUCAACAAGAACAAGCUCACCUUGACCAUCCCCUUGCCCCUGGGUGGAAAAACCUCAGAAGACUUGAACAUUCCCGCCUCAAUAACCAUUCCUGAAAUUUAUCAGGGGGAUGGUCCCAGCAUCACCUUCACAGUCCCCAGCUUUACCAUCCCUCGUGAAUUUGAGCUUUCACUGCCCUUGAUCGGAGUAGCCGAGGUGUCUGCCAAGGUGAACAGCAACUUCUACAACUGGGAGGGCUCCGUGUCAGGUGGAAACGACACCAUAGACGUCCCAAGUUUCAUCGGCAAAUACAAAGUUGCAGCUGAGUCACCCAUCAACAUCUUCUCUUACAAAGUUGAAGGGACUGGAAUGAUCGUUGGCUCAAAACCUGAUACACUGAAGUAUCUUGUGAAUGGAUCACUCAGCCACAGUCUCAUUGAUGCCAGCUUCAGCAUCAUGGAGACAACCAACUGGCAAGACCAGCUGUCGGCGAGAAGUAAUUCGAAAAUUGAGGUUUCCAGCCCUCUUGGCCUGCAGAUGUCCCUCUACUCCUCGGCCCAGUCCCAGUCUGGCCCUGAACAGAGCACAGGAGAAUUCAACCUGGAUGGAGCCUUCAGAGCACGGUCUCUGUACGCCAAUUUUAACUACACCUUUUCAAACGUCCUUAGCAUCAAUGAGCCGCUGAGGGGCGAAUCGACUCUGAAGAUCGACUCCUCACUCCUCCGGGCACAGAACAGGAUCAACGGGGUCUACGGAGAUGGCGGCCUUUCCGUUACUUCCAACACUAACCUGAAUGACGAUGCCCUGAAACAGGUGGCAGAGCUCACACUGAAGGAUGCCAAGCUCUCCCUGACGUGCAACACCGUCGGCAAGAUCUUCCGCAACAAAGUCGACCUCAGCAUCUCUCGAGAAUCCGCCACCAUCAGAGUGCAGUCCGACGCUGAGACUGGAGAGACCCUAGGCACCUCCCUCAUCUCUGGAACACUGGAUGCCAUUGGCCUAGAGAUCGACUCAGACGGAUCCGUCAAGCUUGAGACUGGCUACGGUUCCCACAAGGCCACCCUGAGGGUCAACAAGGAUGGUGUGGCCACCAGUGGAACCACCACCCUACAGUGUAAUCCUCUGACCUUUGAGAAUGUCUUUGAUGGCAGCAUUGAUUUUACUGGAGCUCUCCUCUCCCUCAGUACCAAAGGGUCCUUACUGGGGAACAGUGCUGAUCUAAAGGUAGAUGCAAAGAUUGGGCAUGAGGAGGCCUAUGUGAACAGUGUGUACAAUGGAAACCUCCUUGAGAUGAGCUCCAGGGGCACAACAAACCUGAAGGCUAACAAGCAAGGCCUGACCUUCUCAAACAAUCUCAUGGGAUCAGUGCAGAACAUGAGGUCUGAGCAUACUCACACUCUGACAGCCACUCUCUGGACCCUGGCCUUCCAGUCCAAGACAGACAACUAUAUCUGUGAUCACACAUCCUACAAACACGAUAUCAAGGUCAACCUGAUUCCCUUCAUUGCAACUGUGAGCGCCACAAAUGAUCUCAAGCUUCUGGAUGUUGAAUUUAAAAAUGAUGGACUGCUCAAACUUGAGCCUUCCAAGCUGCACUUGAAAGGAAGCCUGCGGGGGGCUUAUGAAGAAGACAAGGAACUCACACAUACAUACGAAAUAAAUUAUGCUGACCUGGUUGGCAGCAUGAAGUGUGUCACGUCCGGAAAACUCUUGGGAGCCCAGAUGAGCCACAACUCUGACUUUGAAUUUGCCGGACUUUCCUCCAAAUACAGCAGCGAGGUUCGAUUCAAUUCCAAAUCAUUCCGCCUUGAUGGCUCCUUCCGUACCCUUGCCGUACCGUUAAGCCUCAGCGUCGAUGGCGUCUUGAACAGCGAUGGUGAGCUGGAUCUGUACGGCAAGCUCACCGGCCAGCUGUACAGCAGGUUUCUCCUGAAGGCACAGCCGUUAGCUGUUGCCUACUCCCACAACUGCCGAGCUUCAACCACUCACAGGCUGGACAGUGGCGGAUCUGCUGAGACUCACGUUGAUAAUAAGAUCGAAGGUUUGCUCUCGCCCCAAGAACAGUCCACAAAGUGGACACUGAAGUCUAAGCUGAACAGUCACGUUUACAACCAGGAAGUCAGCGCUUUCAACCAACCAGAGAGGAUUGGACUGGAGUUCUCUGGAACGCUGCUCACAGACCUUCUGAAUAAAGCUGCUGGGGGGGACCCUGAAGUUUCAGAACAGAACCAAGAGUUCAGCCUUUCUGGAUUUCUUAAGUACGACAAGAACGGCGACUCUCUUAUCAUUCAGAUGCCUUUCGUAGAGAGCAUUCCUGCCCUUUUUGAAAAAGUGAAAGGCAAAAUUUUGAGUGCUUUUGAGUCCCUGCAGGAGUAUAUCAAUAGUGCAGAUAUCAACCAGCUCGUUGGAGAAUUCAUGCUGAAUUUGGACAAACUACCAAUGCAAGUCGGUGAGUACAUGGACAAUGUGAACCUGGAAAACAAGUUCAACGAGGCUAAAAGACAGAUGAUUGACCUCAUGCAGGGUUAUGCUAUAACGCUGGAUGACUUGGAAAACUCUGUGGAAAACAUGAAGACUGCCUUUGAAGAAGCCCUGAAUGUCCUGCUAACCAGAAUUAGAGAUCUAGCAGUUUUGAUCAAAGAUAAGAUUGAAAGUGGUGCCUGGACAGAUGCCAUCACAGAUAUUCUCAACAGGAUUGGGCAUGAAUUGCAGGCCUUUGAUGAAAGAUAUGACAUCUCUAAGACUAUUGUCAAUGGUAUCAAUGCUAUUGAAGACAUCAUCACACAAGUUGAUUUUCAGAAACUGACAGACAACAGCGUGGCCUGGUUACAGGAACUUGAUACUAAAUUUAAAAUCAAAGAGAAGCUGCAAGAGAAAAUUAGAGAACUGAAACAAGUAAUUGAGAGUUUUGAUAUCUUGAUGUUUAUUCACGAUUUGAGGGACUACAUCACAUCAAUUAAUGUGGUUGAGCAUCUGGACAAACUAGCCAACAUUCCCACUGAUGAAAUAGCCAGAGUCAUUGACUCAAUGAAGGAUGUAAUAGUUAACUGGAUUGAGGAAUAUGAAGUUGCAGACAAGAUAAAUGCAGUUAUUUUCAAGGUGAAAGAACUGAUUAAAAAGUAUGACAUGGGCAAGAAACUUGAGGCACUCAUGGACCAGGCUUCACAGCUCAUUAAGCAGUACAAACUCCAAGAAACAGUGCAGUCUGUAGUCAAUAUUGUGAAAUCAAUUGACUUCCAAUCUCUGUCAGAUAAAUUCAUGCAAAUGCUUGAGGAUGCUAUUAAUAGUCUGAAAGCCAUUGACUUCAAACAAAUGUUGGAUGAUCUGAAUGAUUACAUUGCCAAGAUUGUACAGCAAAUCAGGGAAUUUGAUUACAAUGCAUUUGUUGAUGAGACCAACCAGAAAAUCAGUGAAAUGAUCCAGUAUGUGAAUGAGCAGAUUGAGGCAAAUGAGAUCCCUCAAAAAAUUGAGGCCUCAAGAGAAUUUCUUAGAAGUAUCCUGGAAACCAUGAAUAACUACUUGGAACAACUUAAAAAUACUAAGGUUGCAGAAAUGUUAAAAAUAAUCAAGGAUGUAAUUGACACAACCGCCUUAAAUGACAUUAAAACAAAAAUCCAGGAAAGCCUUGAAGAUAUGAGACAGAGAAUUAGUGACAUGGAUAUUAGAAAUGAAAUAAGCCUUCACUUAGAGCGAGCAAGAGACUCCUACAUGAACAUGAUCAGUUACAUUGCAUCUCAGAUAAACAAUUUGAUUCUGGAAAUUGAGCGUUUGCUUGGGGACCAGGAAAUCCUGAAAAAAAUUGGGGAAGUUGCUGAGGGUGUACUUAAUGCACUGAAAACAGCAGAGUUUACAAUUCCUUCGAUCACUGUUCCAUUCACCGAUCUCGUUAUUCCAAGCAUUCCAAUUCAGAUGAACAGCAUUCACGAGAUCGCAAUCCCACCACAGGUCACCCUCCCAGAAUUCACCAUUCUGAGCAAAUACACCGUCCCUUCCAUCACUAUUGACUUUGAAGAGCUGAAACAGAGAAUCAUUGCAUUCAUUGAAAGCAUCAAAGACAUUGAAAUACCCAUGCCUGAGCCAGAGGCCAUAUUUGGAGACCUCAGAGUGCUGUACAUGUCAUUCCAGCUGCCGGACCUGACUUUUCCAGAGAUCACUCUUAAAGAGAUCAAGCUUCCAGAAAUCCAUAUUCCAAAGCUCAAUCUGGAAAACUUUUCAGUCACCAUGCUUCCACUCCCUGAGCUCAAACUGCCAGAGAUUCCCGGUGAAUUUAUGGUCCCUGCUUUUGGAAAGCUCUAUGGUGAAUUCAGGAUUAACUCUCCACAUUAUAAUCUCUUGACCACGGCGAUGCUGCAAAACUCGACAGGCAGUCCCAGGACCCCACAGUUCACAGCUUCCCUCACCUCUGAGGCAAAGUCAACCCUAGAGUACCUUGAAUACACUUUGGAUGCCUCUGCUAGUCUUACAGCGAAACAAAUGAAAAGCUUGGUCCUCAGUGAGGCUAUAAAAUUCAAUCACGUGGUAUUUUCACUUGACCAUCAAGGAACAGUGACACUCAGCGGCCCAUCGGCACAGGUGACGGCCAAGACAGUUGCCAAGGCCACCACGGAAAUCUACGCUGUGGACAUUUCCAACAAUGUGCAAAUAGCCUUGGAAAGUGGGAUCUCUGCAACUAGCGAAACCACUUACAAGCACGAUCUGAACAUUCCAUCUAUCGACGUCCUGUGCCAGGCCACUGCAACCCAGAAAGCCGUCAUGCGCCUGGAAUCUGGUACCAUCUCUAUGAUUGUUGGAACGACGGGAAGUGGAAAGUGGUCAAUCCAGGACUACUCAGAUGAUGGCACCUACAAAAGUGACCUUGAUUUCACUAUCAAUUUCAAUACAGCUAAGCUCACUUUUUCAGGAGAGGCAGAUAGUAAAACUGUGAAAAUGAAGCACGACGUGAAAGUCCAAUCUGUUGUCUUCAGCUACGUCAACUUUGAAGCAUACGCUGAGGCAGAAACUCCUUUUAUCAAGAGAAGUGUUAUGACUUUGAAUGGAAAGGGAAUUUUUGAGGACCUUAAAAUUGAGCUGACCGCUUCUCAUGACACGGAGUUUGUAGGCAGAGUCACUGGCACUCUGUCCAAUGCGAUUAAUUUCUUAGCACAUCCAUUUGAGGUUGUCGUUGACUGCAAAAACAAAGGAAACUUGAGGGUCAUAUUCCCCUUAAAACUGACUGGAAAGAUCGAUCUACAGAAUGACUUUGGUGUGACUGUCAAUUCAGGAGGUCAGAAUGCAAAUUGGGUGGUCCUGGCCAGAUUCAAUCAGUACAAGUACUUCCACAACUUUAAAGUAGACAACAAUAAGCAAAACACUGGAAUCUAUGCAGCGAUAAAUGGUGAGGCAAAUCUUGACUUUUUGACUGUCCCCCUCACUAUCCCUGAGAUGGAUGUGCCUUACACCGACAUGAAAACCCCAACCAUCCAGGAGUUUUCUCUGUGGGAAGACACUGGCUUGAAGAACCUCCUGAGCACCACUCGGCAAUCAUUUGACAUGGAUUUCAAGCUUGUGUAUCUGAAGAACCCCGACUCGCAUACCAUAGGUUUUGACCUGGAGCCUAUUUACGGUGCCAUCAAUGAGAAUGCCAAGGUACUGAGUGCAAACUUUGAGCUGGCAAGAGACAAGGCAUUUUCUUUGCUCACAGAAUCUUACAAUCACGCUAAGGCACAGUUUGAAAAAUUCAGGAUUGACACUACCAAUCAACCCCCAAGGAUCUUUACUAUCCCUGGUUACACUGUACCCAUUUUGGAUAUCGAAGUCUCUCCGUUCACUGCAGAAUUGCCUGCAUUUAGCUUCCUCAUCCCUAAGGAGGUCAGCACACCCAGCUUCAGAGUGCCAAUGAUGGGAUUCUCUGUUCCAUCAUACACACUUGUGCUGCCCGCAAUGACGCUGCCAGUCCUGCAUGUUCCUGAAACUCUUAGGGAUCUGACCCUGCCCACAUUCACCCUACCCACAAUGCAGAACACUAUCAUGAUCCCUGCCAUGGGAAACAUGACUUAUGAUUUUUCACUCAAGUGCUCAGUGAUCACUUUGAACAUCAACGCUGGCGUGUUCAACCAUUCUGAUAUUGUGGCUAGGUUUGCAGCCUCCUCGACCUCUGAGUUCGACAUUCUCAAAGGUAAACUUGAUGCCACCACAAGCCUUACUAAGAAGAGAGGACUGAAGUUAGCUACUGCCAUUUCCAUUGAUCACAAGAACAUUGAGGGAACCCAUGAUAGUACAAUCAGUCUUGCAAGAACUAGCAUAGAGGCCUCUGUAGCAACCACUGCCAAGCUCAAGCUACCUGUCCUUCACCUGGAUUUUAAUCAAGAGCUCCUUGGGAACACUAAAACUAAGCCAAAUGUGGCAUCCAAGCUGAAGCUGAAGUACAGCUUUGACCUACCUCUGAUUGAUGUCACUGGCAAGGGAAACAUUGAACAGAAUUUGGCUCUGGAGGGACUGUCAUCCUACAUUUCUCUUGAGACUUCUACCAAGGGCAAUAUUGAUGGAACAGUGAAGGCACAUGUUAAUUUUGCUGGAGCCGUAGACAAUGAGGCUACUGUCUACCUGAAUGCUAAUGGCUUGCGCUCCACUAUAAAGACAGACACGACUUCCAAACUUGACUACAAGAAGGCUAAUGUCUGGGACUUGGUCAUGAAUACAAACCAGGCAAUUGAGGCAUCUCUACGUCGUGUUUACAUGACAUUGAGUUACACCAGCAACAAUAUGGCCGCCAUGGGAUUCUUUGACACUAAGGGAACACACACUGCCAAAGCAACCCUUGAAUUUAUUCCCCUGACUACACUGACAACUAAGGUGGAAAUUGCUGUGUCCCAGCCCAGCAGCAUUGGCGAUGCAGGCAUGGAUCAGACAAUUGACCUUGAAAUCACUACAGACAAGCAAAAGUUCACCUGGAGUGGAAAGGAGCAGGUCACGUCUAUUACACACAUAGGUAACUUGGUGUUGUCCAAUGAUGAGACUGAGGUGCGCAUGGAAUUAACUGACACAGUAAAAGGCAAUGUUGCAUUCCUGAAGACUGUUAAACUGCCUGUCUACCAGAAAACCAUUUGGGAUGUGCUGAAGUUUGAUGAGGUAAUGGCUGAAGAUCAACUGCAGUCCCUGACCCUCUCCACCGUUGUGGUGUACACAAAGAACAUGGAGGGACUGUACUUCACUUUGCCCACUAAAAUAUUUGAGAAUGGUGUCACUUUCAGCUUUCCAGAAAUAUCUUUGGCAGUGCCCAGUUGGGUACAAGACAUCCCGCUGAGUAUCAGGGACAUCGAUAUGCGGUUUGAAAACAUCAGAUUUCCAGAUGAAUUCUCAGUGCCUCCUGCCAUUUCCAUUCCAUCGUUUGAAGUUCCUUUCACAAAUCUGCAGGUGCCAUCUUACACCCUUGACCUCAAGAACCUCGAAGUCCCCAAAGUCAUCAGCACACCCGGAUUUGAUGUCGAACUGCCCGGACUUCCCAAAGUGGAAGUUCCAAGCAUCAACAUUGACACAGAGUACAUUGCCCAAAAAAUGUCCUCCCUGUUGUUGAAGAUACCUCGUUAUGAAAUCACUGUCCCCUCCUUCAGCCUUCCAAAAUCUUUCACCGUCGGUGAUCACAACCUUGACUUGGACGAGAUUGCAAACCACAUCUCUAACUUUGAGAUGCCGACCAUCACAAUUCCCCAGCAGAGGAUUGAUGUUCCGGAGGUGUCGCUCUACCUGCCUACUGGUGUAUUCAUCCCAUACUUUGGUGCUCUCUCUACCACUGUGAAGGUCCAAUCUCCAAUUUAUAGCAACUCUUGGGAUGUGAAGCUUGAGAACAAAGACUCCGCCUUAGUCUCUUCCCUCAAGUCCUCCUGCACCUCCACCAUAAAGCUACUGGAAUAUUCUUUGGAAGCCACUGCCACAACUCGCCUUGAAGAUGGAACUCUGAACCUCAUCGGCACUUCCUUGUUCACUCACAGUGACCUGAAAGUGGACUGGCAACACGUCUUCGCACACAAUAUGAGAGCGAAGCGGCAAGCCUCUUCUGAUGACAGCUCGCGCCACACCCUGAGCGUUGACAUCAUCAGCCCGACCUUCAUCGACGCGAACUUCCGCUACACGUCGCGCAAAGAUGGCCUCAGUGCAUCGCUGUCCUCUCCUUCCGCUGGAUUUGUUGGACUGCUUCUUCAGAAGAGGAGCCCUUCGCAGGUUUACGCCAAGCUGUUCGCUCGUUACGCGUCUGCUCCCGACAAGGACGUGGAGAUCCUCAGCUUCAAGGCAACGCUGAGAAACUCAGAGAAGCUGGCCCUGCAAACAGGCUGGAACCUCCAAGCUCAGGUGGACAUGUUCACGGAGCUGAAAGAGAGGGUUCCCGCCAUCACCAGUGCACUCCUUAAGUUUGCCAACAAACACCACACCGCCCAGUUUGGCAUGGACCUAAACCGAGCCUCGCUGAAGCUGAAGAACACCCUCUCCAACACCAUCGAGAGGGCGUACCACGAGAUCCCCAGGAGCCUGGACACGCUGCAGGCUAACCUGGAGAAGAUGAAGGACCAGGGCAAGGCGGUGUACAAGAGGGCCACCAACAACAUGUUUAUUGACCUGCAGGAGAUGGUGGGCAGGCUGGCCGACGACACCAGGGACCUGCUUCGGCAGUACCAGAAGAACGUCAAGAUCAUGCUGGAUGCGGUCAUCAAGUUCCUGAGCGACACAAAGUUCCAGCUCCCCGGCUUCCAGGACAAGCUCACCGGUCAGGAGCUGUACCAGAGGGCCAGCUCCUCCGUUGUCAUGGCAGUUGACCAGGCCGUCCAGAAGAUCGCCGACAUCCUCGAGUCCUACCCGGAGUCGCUGCUCGAUUACGUCGAACGGAUUGAGUUCACGGUUCCCGGCCUGGAACUGGAAGUCAGCGGAAGCAGGAUCCUGGACUGGGUAAAAUCCUUCAUGAGGGACGUCCAGAAUUGGGUUGUGGACUGGGCGCGGAAUGCAAAGAACGUCCGGCUGGAGCAGAUUCUCCGGAAGCUGAGCGACCUCCUGCAGUCCCUCAUCCAGAAGGCCGAGCAGCUCGUCGCCUCCCUGAAGCUCCAGGACCUCGGCGAGCUCUCCGCUCGUCUCAACGACGUCUACGGCGAGCUCCGCAAGCCCCUGCACGGCGUCUUCGCGCGGCUCGAGGCCGCCAGGGAGUCCACCGCGGAGUACAAAGACCUCGCCAAAAUGAAAAUACAGGAGGUCUACAACCAGGUGACCCUCGAACGCGUCAACACCGACCUGCAGCGCUCGAUCGAAACAAUCAUCGGCCACACAAACAACGUCAACACCGAGCUCAUCGAUUUUCUUCAGCGGGCCUCCAAGAGCGCUCAGCCUUACGUGAGGGUGAGCAAUAAAAAGAUGGACAUCGAUAUUCCACUUCCUUUCUUUUGGAAGUCCUUCAGUGAGUGGCCCACGCAGACCCGAUAUUGAGGUCUCAUAAACACUACCAUCACAGUGGGGGAAAAAAAAAAUUUGAAUGCCUGCCCAUAAAAGGACACCUUUUAUUAACUCAUAUAGAAUGUUUUUAAAAAAAAUAAUGUAUUUAAAGCUGUUGUAGUAACAUAUAUUACACCUUGUCGAAGCUGUUGUUACCUUGUGUGUGAUUUAACAAACCAUAACUGGUUAUGCUAAUUUUGUUUGUUAUGUUUGAAGAAAUACCAGGUACUUUAUGUCUUUUACUAUUUAAGAUGCAGUCAAUGGAGAGUAUCAAUAAAGGCAAUUUUUACUGCA